CUAUAUAAUGCUAAUAACGGGUGUCCGUGAGGACGAUCCCAGGUGUAUAAAAGCACUGUGCACAAGGUUGUACUCAAUACAGAACUAAAAGUUUUGAAAGCUAAAUAACCUCCCCCCAAAAGAUCAUUCAAGAUGGCAUCCUCUACCUCGACUUCGGCGAAGCCCUUUAGAUUGCAGCGCCGCAAGUCGAGUUACACCGAUCUCGCUGAGAAUGACGGAUCUUCGACCUUGAUGACCAUGUGUUCAACUAAUGAUGCAUAUCUCGACAACUUCGAAGGAAUCUGCAGCGUUGUGAAGGACAACGUAGGCAAAAUUGUGAAGGACAUCCACUCUAAGGACAAGUUGCUGGUCAGCAACGGUAAGUGUACGGUGUUCGCGCCUCCUGAGAGUGAGGCCACAGACAACCACGGAAAUCUGCUCCUGCGUACGUUCUCUGAGGAGGUCAACGAGCACGACCAGUGUGUAAUGACGCGCGAAGUAAUGGUUCACCUGGAGCAGGGCAACAAGAUUGAGGUCCGCGAGCGUCGCAAGAGCAAGACCGCCAUUGGCACCUUUGAAUACAAGGAGAUGCAGAAACUAAUUAACCUCGACUAAUAAGCCGAGUACAGGAUGCACGCCCCGACAUCGGUAGUGUAGUGCAGUCCUUGUAAGGGGACUGGAGUUAACGUACCAUACGUUACGAGAAAGUAUUGCCCUUCUG